ACUCGCCAGUCCAGUGUUUCUGUAUUUCUGCAUCUAGCAAAGCACAAUUGCCUCUAGAUUCUACACCAGAAAUGACAUAAUUAAUGAUCAAUCAGCCUUCAUCAGGGAACUUGAAAGAAAGAAUGGUGAUUAUAUUAUAACAUUGUUCUCCAAAGAAAAUAUACCUUCCUUCAGAAGAAAGCUAAAUGAUAAUAGACUGGAAGUAAAAGGCAUAUUUCAUCCUUAAGACAGUAAGCUAAAAAGAAAAAAUGCAAUGAAAUUAGAGAAAAUAUCUAAAAUUUAAAAAUCAAGAAUUCAGGGUGCGUGGGUGGCUCAGUUGUCUAAGUGAUUCUUGAUUUUUGGCUCAGGUCAUGAUCACAGGGUUCAUGAGCUCAGUUCAAGUUCAAGCCCAGUGUAAGGCUCUGUGGAGACUGCUUGGGAUUCUUUGUCUCCCUCUCUGUGCCCUUCCACUGCUCGCGCUCUGCAUUUUCAAAAUAAAACUUGAAAAAUAAAUAAAAAUCAAGAAUUAGAAAAAUCUGUCUUUAAUUUUGUCAUAUGAAAAACAGGACUAGAGUACUUAAAAGGCUAUCAUAAUGUUUAAAUGAGGUAGUCCAUGUAAAAUGCUUAGAAUAGUAUUUGAUUCUGAAGAAAAAAGAUGUUACCUAUUAUUACUAUAUUAACAUUUCUUCAACAAGUAAGAUAAGUACAUAUUCUAAAGGAAACUUACAAAGGCUGAGGCUGGCUUAACCCAGGGCAGGGAGAAGCCCUUUUGGUUAGGAUGAUUAGGUAAGGCCUCUCUUAGAAAGUAGGGUGAGGAUGUGAAGGAGUCAACUAUGUGAGGAUUGAGGGAAAGAACAUUCCAGGCCAAGCAACUAGUAUGUGCAAUGGUCUUGAAUUUAUAAAGAGCCUGGCGUGCUUUAGGAACUGAAGUAAGAACAGACCAUAUACCAUAAUUUGUAUUUCCUUCAUUUGCUCACUUUAGAUUGUCUUCUUCAUUAGAAUAUUUGUUCUCCAAGGACUGGGACACAUCUGCCUUCUUCACUCACACUUGUGACAGUGGUUGGUAUGGAGUUAGCAUUUAUUAGACACUGGAGAAAACAUUUUAAGUGCCUAUUGCAUACAUAAUCACUAUCAGUGCCUUAUGGGUGAGGACUUUAUCUUUCUCCUUUCAGACAAAAGUAAGCUAGGAUGCAAUGAGUUGCACAUGGUACCUUUUUUUUAAAAGAGCAUCUGCAAAAUUGAUAGACAAUUGUCAAGUAUUUCAAAUAUAAAAUAUAAAUGUUAUGUUUUGGCUGAUCAGUUUCAUGGAAUAAAAAAAUUCAGUAUAAUUUGAGUUAACCAUUUUAUAUCUGUUUAACUGUGCUAUGAGGUUCAGAUUUUCUUAGGGGAUGGGAUGGAAAUACUACCUGGGAUAGUCCUGGUUUAUGUCUGUUACCUCUGUGCCCAAUCCUAUUUCAUUGUCUUCUUUCACUCUAAAUGUAUCCUUGUUUGGACAAAGAAUUUUAUGGUCACCUUAAUUGUUAGCCAUUUUUCUGUCCUGCUAGAGCACUCUAUAACUCCUAUUUCAUUCUGUAUUAAAAUAGCUUAAAUAUAGCUUGAGGUAGAUAAUUUGCCCCAGCUAUGCUCUGUAAGAGAGUGCAUAUAAUAUUUUAUAAUUUACGUGGACUCUUGUAUAAAUCAAGGGAUUGACAACAUGGAAUGCUUACUUGGAUUUAGUAGUACAAAACACUUGGACUUUGUUUCAGAGAUGUUUGAUUUCUAAGAUGUUUUUACCAAAAUGCACAUAUUUUGACAAAAUGUUCUUUUUAUUCAAAGUCAUCUGAAUUCUUAUGAAUGAUGAAUAUUCUUAUGAAUGAAGAAUAUUCUUAUGAAUAUUCUUUGAUAAAUAUUAAUGAUUACAUAAAACAUUGGUAAAAUGAUUUAUCAUUUUUAGAAUUUAUUUUCAAAUAUGGUAAAACUUUAGACAUUUGUAUCCCUUUCCCUCUCUUCUCUCAGACAAAUAUUCAUUGAGCACUGUGCUGGAAAUGCACUGAUGAACAAGAACUAACAUGGCCUCUGGCCUCUGGAAUUGGCGAUCUUUUUUUUUUUUCCUGAGUAAACAGACCAAUCAGGAUUAGAGGUUUACCCUGUGCUGGGUUGAAAGAGGCUCAGGUGUGGAGUAGGGGGAGUGGCCCAGAGGAAGAGCAUAUUACAUGGUCUACACAGAUCAGAUCUGUAGAAUUCCUACAUUUCACUACCCUCUUCUAUUUGUAGUGAUCUCAAAUAUUUUUGGUUUGAAUAUAGGGUGUGUGUGUGUGUGUGUGUGUGUGUGUGUGUGUGUGUGUGUUUAUUUUGGAGAAUGAGCAAUGGAAAUUUACUUCUCAGUAAGUGCAAGUUUCACUUGAGGUGCUCAGUUCAUGAGGCUUUCAUGAUUUUGCCCUCUAGGCAAUACAGCUAAAACCUUCCUGUCUAAAAGUUUAAAAACAAUUGAGGUAGUCCAUGAUAAGUAUAAGUACUUCCCACUGGCUUUCUGGGUGACAUAAUUGUAUAGACUACAAUAAUGUUGAAAAUGAACAGCUUUGACAGAUUGACUGUAGCAUUUAAAUGAGGAAAAAGAAAACUAUCCACAAACAGGUAUAUGCAAUAAGUUACAGAAUUUGUACUUUCUUCAUCUUUAAAGAUGUCUAAACAUUUGUGUCUCUACUUGUAUACUGUCACCCCUAGUAAAGAACUGAAUUGUGGCAGCAUGUGAGGUACGUGAAUUUUGGUUGUGAAUCCCUGGUAUCUGCCUUUUUUUUUUUUUUUUAAAGUUGAUUUAUCUUGAGAGCUUGCACACACAUUCAGGAGUGGCAGAGAGAGAAUCAUAAGCAGGCUCUGCACUGUAAACAUAGAGCCCCACACAGGGCUCAGUCCCACGAACCAUGAAAUCAUGACCUGAGCCUAGAUUAAGGGUCGGAUGCUUAACCCACUGAGCAACCCAGGCACCCCUACUUCUUUUUUAAACUUUAUUUAGUAAAAUAAAUUUUAAUAUCAGCCUUUGAUAUGUGCUUCCAAAGUCCAUGUUGGUUGAAUAUGAUACGGUUGAACCAAAUAUCUAUUAGGGGACAUGGCAGGGGAUGACGGUGGUUGAGAGACAUUAUAACAUGGAGCAGUGGCUUUAAAAUUUUUGUCAGCCUACAGUUACAAAGACAAUUGACAUUGCUUCUCAAUCCCAACACUCCCUCCCCCAAACCAAAGUCAUUACUUAGCAAAGCAAAGUGGUGGCUGAUGUUUUCUUUUUCCUAUUUAAAAACAAAUGAUAGUUCCGACCCCUUAAAUUAAUUUGAUAGCACAUUUCAUCCUCCAGAUUGUUUUCGCAUUCAGGAGAAUUAGAAGAACCUGCGUUCAGGUUCUGGUUUUUGUCAACUGCUCUGUGUAACCUUGAUAAAAUUACCUAACUUCUCUGAGUUUCAAUUUACUCAUUAGUUAAAAUUGAGGUAAUAAAAGUAUUAAUUUCAUAGGUUUGUUAUAAUGAUAUAAUCUAAGAGAGUGGUUGUGUCAGGUAUUUAAUUUUUAAUUUUUAUUUAUUUAUUUUUAAUGUUUAUUUAUUUUUGAGAGAGAGAGAGAGAAUGAGGAGGGGAGGAGCAGAGAGAGGGAGACCCAGAAUCUGAAGCAGGCUCCAAGCUCUGAGCUGUCAGCACAGAACUGGAUGCAGGGCUUGAACCCAGUAACCAAACCGUGACAUCAUGACGUGAGCUGAAGUGGGAUGCUUAAGCAACUGAGCCACCCAGGCACCCCUGUGCCAGGUAUUUAAUAAGCAUAUAAUUAAUGGCUAUUUUGAUUGUCUCCAAAGUUUGCAAGCUUAGGGAAUUGGGAGUAACAAUAAUGGUAUAUCCUAUUUAGAGAGAAAUUAGUUCAAUUUUAGAUACGUUAGAAUUUGAGGUGUUAUAGGUAGCCAGAGAGUUUAGUCCUAUUAUUUGGAAACAAAACUAUACAAAAUAGUCUGAAGUUAGCAAACUUUUAAAAAUGCCAGCAGAGUACUAGAGCUUCAGGGACUUAAGAGUUGAGUCUUUGUUAAAGCUACAUGAGGUCUACUUAAUUCUAUAGCUGUUGAAUUUUGCCAGAUUUUUGCUAAUAUUCUCCAAAAUUUGAAAUGCCGUAUCUGUCAUUUGUAUGACUAUUGGCUUAAUUAGUAGAGGUAAAGAUAUGUACCACUGAUAGGUAGUUGUGGAAAAAGAAAAGCAAAGGGCUUGGAAUUAAACCUGGGUUAGGUGAUUCAACUAGGUAGGUAACCCACCAGCUGCCUUAAUCUUUAUGGUUCAGUUUCUUUAUCUACAAAAUAUUUUUUCAAAAAUGUUUUAUUCAUUUUUGAAAGAGUGUGAGCAGGGGGAGGGGGCAGAGAGAGGGAGACACAGAAUCUGAAGCAGACUCCAAGAUCCAAGCUGUCAGCACAGAGCCCAGUGCAGGGCUUGAACUCAUGAACUGUGAGAUCAUGACCUGAGCCGAAGUCGGAUGCUUAACUGACUGAGCCACCCAGGUGCCCCACAAAAUACUCUUAGUUCACAAAGUUAGAUUGCCAAAGGGACAAAUAAGUGUAAGUUUCAUUAUUUUCCAUGGAGAUACUUUUAGUAAACAUCAUUUUUGGCAGAAUAAAAAAUUAAUGAUGGCUCUAGAUUUUAAGACUGAAUCAAGCAUACCAUUCUUUAUAAUAUAAUAUCAGGGGAUAACAUCCUAGAACUUGUCUUUAAGAAGUAUGGGUAUAGGUAAAUGGGAACCCAUGAACAUCUUGGCACGUUUUAUGCAAUGAUGAUGGUUUUAAUUUAUAAAGAGUACCUUAGGAUGUUAAAAUGCAUUCUUAUACCUGAUCUUGAUACUUGCUAAAUCUAAUUAGUGUGUGUACAAGAUAUUAUUAGACAAAGUGUUUGUCCAGUAUCUUAGAUUAUAAAUAACCCCUGUUCUAGCUCAUUUUAAACAAUGUAGUAUGAAUGAUGCCAAAAAACAGGCUAGAACAUUUUCUUCUCUCCAAGAUCUGAGAUUUUGUAAACAAGGCUCUGCUUCUAGAGCUAAUCUAGGUCAUCAUAACCUCAAAUCUUUUGAGGAGAAACGCCACUAAGUUUCUAGGUACUUAUUAAUAUUUUAAUUUUAAGAAACGUUUUAGCUCUUAAAAACACAGUAUUUUUGGAUUGCUGUUUGGCCACUUAGGUUAUUUGUACCAUUUCAUAAUGAAUACAAAUCACUGGGUAAUCAUUUUGGCAAUAAUGAUGGCUAGAAAUCUCUAUGUGAGUGGAAAUUAAUAUAACUUAUUAUGGCUUAAUUUAUCCCAGUACUGACCUAAUAGUAAAAUAUUUUGUUUUUUGAUAAAAACUGAUUUAAUGAGAAAGCCCAUAAAUUUCUUAAUUUCCAAAAUUGUUAACAAUGUUAAAUUUUAGCUAUUGCUUAGCCUUCAUUGCAAAGUAUUGAACUGUGAAAUGUGCUGUUAAAUGUUUAACUUUUGUUAAAUGACAUUUUUUAAGGAGUUUAAAAAUAACAGUGUCAUAAAUCUUGUUUUAGUAGUCAAGAUUUAAAUUUUAUCCUUAUUGUUAUUAAUGUGGUUUACUAGUAAUGUAUUGUCCUUUAUUUGUGUUUGUGUGUGUGUGUGUGUGUGUGUGUACACUUAUCUUUUACUAACAUCCUGUAGACCUGAUGUUUGCAAAGGAAAAGAGGAAACUUAAAUUGCUUGAGAGCCAAGUAAUGUGGUAGGUGAUUUAUAAUUCUCAAUGAAAUUAUUAUUCCCACUUUACAGAUGAGGAAAUAGACUCAGGUUAAAUUAAAUAAUGUGAUAGCACGGCUUGUUAAGGAGAAGGAUCUUGAGCUCCUAGACUCUCUGGCUCUUUUCUGUUUUGUCUUGCUGCUUUAAAGGAUUAUUCCAGUAAUGAGGUUGAUUUUUGUGCAAACAUGUUUAGUUUAUGCUGCUAUCCCCUAGAAGAUCACCAGGGAAGAUGAUAUUCUAAUUGUGUAGAAUGUCGUUGUUUUCAAAGUAAUUUUAUUCUAUCCUAUUUGAUCCUAACAACAAACCAACACUGCAGGCAAAACAGAAAAGAAAAGGGGCGCCUGGUGGCUCAGUGCGUUGAGCAUCCGACUUCAGCUCACGUUAUGAUCUCAUACUUGGUGAAUUCGAGCCCCGUGUCAGGCUCUCUGCUGUUAGCCUGGAGCCUGCUUCGGAUUCUGUGUCUCCUCUCUCUGCCCCUCUCCUGCUUGUGCUCUGUCUCUGUCUCUCUCAAAAAUAAAUAAAUGUAAAAAAAAAAAUUUUUUUUUAAACCAGUAAAGAAAAAAGGAUUCCUGACUUAGAAAUGAGCAAUUUCAGAGAAGUACUUAAGAUCACAAAGCUGAUUAGAGGUAGAGUUUAAACUACAACCUGGAUCUUUGGUUCCUGGUCAGUGUUCUUGUCUAUUUCAUUUUCUUUCUCUGGAUUACAUAUGUGAUCUAUGAUCAUGAAGUAGUGAAGUUUUAUAGACUGAACAUUUUCUUGUGUUUUCAUGUAGUGAUCACACAAUAGCUAUAGCCUGGCUCCCUGUUUAGCAGUCAAAUCCUGUUGUCCUGUAGUAUAAGUAGUCUAUCGAUGACAGAUUUGAGGGGUAAUGGGACUGUAAUAGUGCUCAUUGAAUGAGUAAUAAAUGGAAAAUGUUAACUUGAGAUUUCUAUAAUUAAACUUUAUUCUUGUAUGAUGCCAUAUUUGCCUUAUGGAAAUAUAUAUAUGUAAGAAUGGAAACGUAUAUAAGAAAGGAAUUGGGUUUUUUUUAAUGUUUUAUUUUUGAGAAAAAGCAAGUGAGUGAAGGAGGGGUGUCAGGGGGGAACAGCAGGUCUGAAACAAGCUGUACAGUGACAGCAGUGAGCCCAGUGUGGGGCUCCAACUCACGAACCAUGAGAUCAUGACCCGAGCUAAGGUUGGACACUCAACUGACUGAACCACCCAGGUGCCCCAUAAGAAACAAAUUGUUAAGGGAAGGAUAGCAGUGGUUAAGAGCAUGCAUGUUAGAUUCAGGAAGACCUAAACUUGAAUCCUGGCUUUACCCACUUAAUUCUAGUUACUUGGGCAGGUAACAAGCCAGUUUUCUCAUCUUUGGGGAUAACACCUGCCACAGGGUCAAAGGAGACAGGUAUGUAAAGAGACUAACACCAUGCCUGGCCCAUGGGCUUACACAUAUAGAAGCUAUUGAAUCAGUACCUUUAAUAAGUUUUUUUUUUUUUCUACUAGCAAUAUAUCUUUUUUGCUUAGAAAGUAUCUAAGCUGGCAUGAUUAUCUCUGAAGUUUCUUAAAAGGAAAUAGUUCCCAAUUAUUUCUGCUAAUGGAGGGCAUAGAUGAUCUGAAACAGUUGAUGUUUGAAAUUUUUCUACUUUAUUUUUAGAAUAUGUAGUUAAAAGAAUUAAUGGAAGAUCUCCUUUUUAAUGUAUUUCCUUACAUUAGGAUAAUAUAAGCAAUUUAUAUUUUUUGAACUGUCCAUUUGUAGAGCACAAUUAUGACAAUGCUACAUGAGUUGCAGGGGGAAAAGGGGCUUUUCAUGGUUGGGUGUUGUAAAUUGAGAACCUGGAACUAGCACUCCAUAUAGAAUUUUAUAUUAUUAGAUUCUUAAUUUGUAGACUGUUGAGACCUACAAAGUAGAUAACCUGCCAUUCUUUUAUAGCAUACCCAUUUAUAGCUUUGUGUACUAAGAUAAACAAAAGUAGGGAAAAGCAAGCAUUCUUCAGUUACAUAAAGUGCCACUUUGAAAUUUAUUGGAAAACUGGCACCAUAGAAGAAACAUUUCACUAAAUCUUUGUUAGAUUUUACUUUUUAAGGUGGCAUGUGUCAUGUACAUUUUAAUUCAUUUAUAAUUACAUGUUUCUGACUAAAUUUAAUAUUUUUAUAAGUUUUCUUUGUAUGUUAAUAGUUUUAGAUUAUAGAGAAUUCCAUUAGCCUUUAAUUGAAAAGUUUGAGGAUUAUAACUGAAAGGAAAUAUUCCAAAAUAAUUUAGGGAUUGUAUAUUAUUUUUCCUUUUUUGAGAGUGAUAGAGGUAGAUUUUGAAUUAUAAAAUUAUUCUACCAAAAAAAAUUUUUUUUUAACUUUUUUACUGUUUAUUUAUUUUUGAGAGAGACAGAGAUAGAAUGUAACUGGGUUAGGGGCAGAGAGAGGGAGACACAGAAUCUGAAGCAAGCUCCAGGCUCCGAGCUGUCAGCACAGAGCCCCAUGGGGGGCUCCAACUCAAGAGCUGUGAGAUCAUGACCUGAGCUAAAGUCAGAUGCUCAACCGACUGAGCCACCCAGGUACCCUCCCAAUUUUUUUUUUUUAAUGUUUAUUUAUUUUUGAGACAGAGAUACAGCAUGAAUGGGGCAGGUCAGAGAGAGAGGGAGACACAGAAUCUGAAACAGGCUCCAGGCUCUGAGCUGUCAGCACAGAGCCCGACGCGGGGCUUGAACUCACGGACCACGAGAUCAUGAACUGAGUCGAAAUCAGAUGCUUAACCGAUUGAGCCACCCAGGCACCCCCAAGUUAUUCUACCAAAAAUUUAAAAAAUUUCCUUUGACUUCUAGAUUUAUGACUUUGACUUGGGUAAAUAAACUUUUAGAGCUGAUUUUAUUUGAACAAUGAAGAUAAUGAUACUUGUUCUAUUUACCUCUCAUGGUUGUGCAAUCAGAUCAAACCAAGUAUCAUAUGGGAUAGGAAUCAGGCAUGGUGCUAGAUAACCAAUAAUGUAGACAAACAUAGUACUUCUCUUUAAAACACUUAUAGGUGGUGGAGGAGAAGUCAUUUUGCAAAUAAUUAUUUAACAUUCUAUGAACUAAGUACUAAGAAGGAGGUACAGGGAGCCCAAGACUAGUCUUGGAUCAGGGAAAGCUGCCCUGUGGAAGAGAGAUUUAAACUGAGACUUGCUUAUUGAAGGGUUUGUGGAAGACCACUCCUAGCAGAGAGGAAUAGUAUUUGCAGAAACUCCCAAGUUUUGAAGAAGCUUAGAGGGUCCUUAGUAACCAAAUGUCCAGUCUGGCUGACAGCAUUUUUUAGCCUUCACAAUAUCCCUGUAAGUUGACUCCAUGAAAAAAAAUUUUUUUUUAAUUAUUUUUGAAAGACAGAGAGCCCUACCUAGUCUGGGAGGGGCAGAGAAAGAGAGGGAAACACAGAAUAUGAAGCAGGCUCCAGGCUCUGAGUUGUCAGCACAGAGCCCGAUGUGGGGCUUGAACCUACAAACCUUGAGACCAUGACCUGUGCUGAAGCUGGAUGCUUAACUGACUGAGCCACGCAGGUACCCCAACUCCAUUUUAUAAGUAAGAAAACAGAAGCUCAGAGUGGCUUAGUAAAGCCUGUUACUGUUUAUAAAUGACAGUUUCAUGUUUUGAACCCACAUUGGUUGGUCUGUCUCCAAACUCCUUGCUCUCUUCUAUGCCAUUCUUUGUCUGAGUCACUUACCUCACAGGCUUCUUGUGCUCCCAAACACAUCUUUCUUCUUGUUAUUUUCUCAGAGGGCUUAGCAGUUCUCCCUCUGGCUAAUUGUGGAGCCAAUGAUCAGGUUUUUUCUUUACACUGAGGUAAUAAUGACAUUUAACCCUCACAGGUUGUGUACUUCGUACUCUUACUCGUAUACUGUAAAAGUCCUAGAAGCUUUUGCAGGGGUGGAAUCUUGUGGACUCUGGGGCUGAUUUGAAACUGCAGCGUUGUCUGUGGCCUCUCAUUUAAAAAUAGCCUCAUGUUGCUCAUGGGGUGCCUUAAUAGAGCCAGCAUUUCCAUCAGCUUCUGCUCCCUACCCCCAAGACACUCCAGAUAAACAAAGAUCUGAGUAAUAAACAGUGUGUUGCUCCUGUAGCUUCUGCUUUCUCCCACAAACCUCUCUUGAUAGAAAUCCUAAAGCCACCAUUAACAAUAAUUUUAUUGGAAUAAUGUAAAUAAAAAGAGUUUAAUUGCUUUUAAGGUUUAAAAAACACUAUCCUAGUUUAUGUAAUGUUCACAGGAAAUAUUUCUUAAACGGGAAUUUUUCGAUCCUUCCUAUCUGUUUAUCUCUUACCAUGGGCACUAACUCUCCCAAAACAUCUUUGUAAGUUGGGGGGGGGGGGGGAGUUUUGUUGUUGUUCUUAAAGCUUGAGGAGAUGAUAUAGACUGAUAACAUUGAAGCCCGGUACUUGAAACCUGAAGAAAAUCUCCUAUGCCCUCAAUGUCUCCAGAUAAUUUUAUGAUAAAAAUAAAUCAAUUCAGGCUAAAUGUCCUUGUUGCUUUUUGUAAAAAGAGACGUUUUAAUGCAAAUACUUAAUUAAAUCUUUAUUGUUGAGAGUUUGCUUAGAAACUAUUUUUCCUUUUCAGAUCUUUUUCUAAUUUCUUAACCUUCAAUUUUUUUUAUCUUCUCAAAAGGCAUACAUUUGAGGGGGCUACUUUAUGCCCUAUCCCAUUUUAACUAACAGGUUGUGCUUUUCUAGGACUUUGUGAAGCUUGUUGUAAAGGAAUUCUUUGUUCUGGUAAAUGGAGGCUGAUGUUUUAUUCUAAUUGUUAUGAGUUUUUAUAUUUCUUUGUUUUCAGAGGGUUUCUCUUGGCGUAGAACCUGAUUUACUUGAAAUGUGAAAUAAUAAAUUGAUUGCCUCCACCAGCCUUCUUUGUCCUGUUUUAUGUGAAAUACUGAAAUAAAUGUUUGCCUUAUGAAUUUCUCUCUUUUAAAAACACCCAGAGACACCCAUUUUAGGGGCGCAUGCUAGAAUACUUUUGUCAUUAUUGUUCUACUCCUCUUUCCUUUCAAGUUGCCUAAACACAGCUGAGUUGGUAAGAAGAGCAAAGACAACAUGAUAGUGCUGCCAAGUAGACAGGAAGCUGUAGUGGACCUAGCAGGCAGGGGCGGCUGAGCACACCCUCCAUCCAAUCAGCUGUGAGUGCUGUUGCUAUGUGCACUCUUACUCUGCUGCCUUUGUGGAAAACCUUACACAGAGGGAAGCGGAAUCAGCACCCACUGCUGAACAUUUGUUUUAACCACUGCAGACAUCUGGAUCCCUCAGUUACUGACUGUGUAGCUAUUGACAGCCAGAAGGCAACUUCUUUUAUACAAGGAUUCCAGUAUGGUUUUCAGUGGAAACAAAGGGCUUCACAGAGAAGAUACUCUAGAUGAAUAUUUUGAAUAUGAUGCAGAGGAGUUCUUGGUCUCUUUGGCCUUGUUAAUAACAGAAGGACGAACACCUGAAUGUUCUGUAAAAGGUCGCACAGAAAGUUUCCAUUGCCCUCCAGCACAGUCCUGUUACCCAGUAACUUCCAAACAUGAAUGUAGUGACAAGCUGGCUCAGUGUCGCCAAGCCAGAAGAACUAGGUCUGAGGUCUUACUGUUGUGGAAGAAUAACCUUCCAAUCAUGGUGGAAGUGAUGUUACUCCCAGAUUGCUGCUACAGUGAUGAUGGGCCCACCACAGAUGGAAUGGAUCUCAAUGAUCCUGCAAUUAAGCAAGAUGCAUUAUUAUUAGAAAGGUGGAUAUUGGAGCCAGUUCCUCGACAGAGUGGUGAUCGAUUUAUUGAAGAGAAGACUCUUCUAUUGGCUGUCCGCUCAUUUGUGUUUUUUUCUCAAUUAAGUGCUUGGCUGAGUGUUUCCCAUGGUGCUAUUCCACGAAAUAUUCUUUACAGAAUCAGUGCUGCUGAUGUAGACCUGCAGUGGAAUUUUUCACAGACCCCGACUGAACAUGUGUUUCCUGUUCCUAAUGUUUCUCACAAUGUGGCCUUGAAAGUCAGUGUUCAGUCCUUGCCCAGACAAUCUAAUUAUCCAGUUUUGACCUGUAGUAUUCACACUAAUAUUGGCCUUUAUGAGAAAAGAAUUCAAGAACAUGAACUUAAAGUCCAUCAGCACCGCAAUUCUAGUGAAGUAGAACAAUGUAGUACAAAUAGUUCACAGCGUCUGUGUAGCAAACAAUCUUGGACCAUGGCACCUGAAAGCAUAUUGCAUGCAAAAAAUGGCACAACUCCAGAAUAUACUGCAGCUGUCAAAAAUGUCAAACUGUAUCCAGGCACUGGCAGUAAAUCUGACUAUGGAACACGUCAAGCCAAUAUUAUGGGCUUCAGUGGUAGAGGAGAUAAAAAGUCACAUGAAACACCAGUGAGAACUUUAAAAUCAUUUUCAGUGAUUGAUUCCAGGGUCUCUAGCCACCAGAGUUCCUGGCAGUCAGUUGGUGAGACUAAUCCUUUAAUAGGCUCUUUAAUUCAGGAGCGACAAGAAGUUAUUGCAAGAAUUGCUCAGCAUUUGAUUCAUUGUGAUCCAAGCACUUCCCCUGUUUCUGGACAUCCAUUUAAUAUGCAAGAGUCUAGUUCACUUAAUUCAAAACUUUUCCGGGUUUCAAAAGAAAAUGAAAAUGUGAGAAAAUGUAAAGAAACUUUCUCCAUUUCUUUUGGUAGUCCUGAGCUUACCUCCUCAGAAGACACCAGUGAGGGAAAAAUUCAAGUAAAACCAGAUACUCCUCGAAGUGAAACUGGCAGUUCCAAUGGUCUUUAUUCUCGUCAGUCUGUUGGUGAGACAAAUCCUUUGAUUGGCUCUUUACUCCAGGAGCGACAAGAUGUUAUUGCAAGGAUUGCUCAACACUUGGAGCAUAUUGAUCCAACUGCAUCACAUAUACCCCGGCAGUCAUUCAACAUGCAUGACUCCAAUUCGGUUCCUUCGAAAGUAUUUAGGAGUACAUAUGAAGACAACAAUUUGUGGAAGAAAAACAAGGAUGUUACCUCUGUUUCCAUUUCCAAUACAAAAAUUUCCUUGUUUGAAGACAGCAGCGAAGGGGAAAACUUAAUACCCAAUAAAUCAUUUAGUUAUUUUAAAUGUAAUGGUAAAGUCGAAUCCUCUUUGAAACCUCAAAUAAGAAGAAAUCUGUAUCAGGACAAUCCUAGUGAAACCAUCCAAAAUACUUUUCAAGAGACACAGAACAAAGCCACUAGUUUAUUGACUCCCUCAAAUAUGCCUCACUGCAAAAAAAAUAACUUAGAUUUGACAGUCAGAUUGGAAAAUACACUUUCUGAGUGUCAAUUUAAGAAGCAAGAAAUUAGCAAUGAAACUGAUAAAAAGUAUUCAAAUUGCAACAGUAUUGACAAGCAGAUUUGCACAGAUAAGUAUAAGGAAAAAAGAAUAAAAAAUGAAAAUUCUAAUCCAGAAUAUUUUAAGAAUCAUGAAUUUGAUAACUCCAAAAAAGAUGACUCAAAAAUAAAAGCUACUAUGUUGGAAAUGUCUGAAUAUUUGAACAAACAUGAAAACAAGUGCUCAAAUAAAGACUCAGAAAGGCCUAAGACAUGUGAGCAAAAUACUCAACUUAAUAGUAUAGAAAAUUAUCUCAAUAAAGAUAAUGAAGUUCGCAAAUGCAAAAAGCCAGACCUAUUAAAAAUUGAACAGGAUAAGAAAGAAGAGAUAAUUGAUGAAAAAUCUCAAAACUGUUCUCAGAGAAAGAAAGUAAAAGACUGUUUGUCUACAUGUGAACAACUGAAAAAUACAGAGGUGUUGCAGAAGACUAUACCACUGAAACAUUCAAGUGUCUGGCGGAAACAUAAUUUUCAUUCCUUAGAUGGGACCUCAACCAGAGCUUUUCAUCCUCGAACUGGAUUGCCUCUUCUCUCAAGUCCUGUUCCUCAAAGAAAGACACAAUCAGGUUGCUUUGAUUUGGAUUCUUCAUUACUGCAUCUGAAAAGCUUAUCAUCUGGAAGUCAUCGACCGUGUUUAAACACUGAAGAUGAUCCAGAUAUUCAUGAAAAACCAUUUCUGAGUUCUAGUGCUCCACCUAUAACAAGUCUUAGUCUCUUAGGAAAUUUUGAGGAGUCUGUCUUGAACUAUCGUUUAGAUCCUCUUGGCAUUGUUGAUGGUUUUACUGCUGAGGUAGGGGCAAGUGGUAUUUUCUGCCCCACACAUUUGACUCUUCCAGUUGAAGUGUCAUUCUACAGUGUUUCAGAUGAUAAUGCUCCCUCUCCUUAUAUGGGUGUGAUUACUUUAGAGUCCCUUGGUAAAAGGGGUUAUCGAGUACCUCCUUCAGGAACAAUACAAGUGACCUUAUUUAACCCUAAUAAGACUGUGGUGAAGAUGUUUGUUGUGAUAUAUGACUUACGAGAUAUGCCAGCUAAUCAUCAGACAUUCCUACGACAAAGAACUUUUUCUGUACCUGUUAAACAAGAAAUGAAGAGAAGCGUUAAUAAAGAGAACAUCCGACAUACAGAAGAACGGUUAUUGCGCUACCUCAUACAUCUGAGGUUCCAGAGUUCUAAAUCUGGAAAGAUCUACCUCCAUAGAGAUGUACGGCUCCUGUUCUCUAGAAAGUCAAUGGAAGUUGAUAGUGGUGCUGCGUAUGAACUCAAAUCUUACACUGAAUCGCCAACAAACCCUCAGUUUUCACCAAGAUGUUGAUAAGGAGUGACAAUUUAAAGCGUUCGCUCAGUACCCAAGUUUGAAAGUAAAAAUUAGCAUAGAACGGAGUGCACCAAUUAACAUCCAGGAGGGUGGAUCCUCUCCUGUUAUCCUGGACCAGUUUUUAUUAAAGGAUUCCUGGAAUGAGAUCCACAUAUUCCAAGUAGACUGGAAACACUCAUGUCCUAAUCCAUUUUGUACUGUCGAAACCACUUCAUUGGACGUGUUGCAAUAGCAACCCCCCCUUCCCCAAUUAGAUUAGUGUUUACACAUUUUAUUUCUCAGUUAUUUAAUAUUUAAUGUUUUCCUUAAUACUCAAGUGAUGUUUGUCUCUAGUGUUCUAAUGUAGCACAAAUCCUAUGUAAAAUCAUACUAUGUAUUUUUGACAUUAAUGUUGAAAUCCAAAAUAUAUGCACAAGUCUUUAA